AUGGCGGUCGAGGUCGACUUCGAGUGCCGCGGGUGCCGCCGGGAGCUGUGCGCGCGGCGGCCCCUGCGGGACGGCCUGCUGUGGCCGCGCUCGUUCCGGCACCGGUGCCCCGCCUGCCCGGAGCUCCGCUACUCGCUGCUCCUGAAGGCCAACGCCCUCUGCUACAGCGUCUCCUGCGCCGGCCCCGCCUCGCGCCCUCCAGACUCGCCUUCGACGCGGCCUUCCGGGCGCCGUCGCCCGCCAACGGUGGCUCCCAGGCAGGGCCCGCCGCCCUGGCGCCGGAGGUCGCCAAGGAUCGCUGUUCCUGCAGAGGCACGCCGAGGCGGCCGCGGCGCUGCUGCCGAGGCUGCUGUCGCGUCUCUGCCCCGUCGACCCGUGCGAGGCGGCCUUGCUGAGCGCCGAGCUGACGGCCUCGACGAGGCACGGCGCGCUGGCGGUGCACGCCAACGUCGGCUUUCAGAGCCCAGGUGCCCGCUCCGGCUACGUGCGCGAUCGGCUGGCGCAGAGGAGCAGGCAGCUGGGCGCGGCUCUGCUGCAGCGCGCCGUGGCGCCGCUGCUGGGGCCGCGCGCCUGGCCGCUGCGGGCCGCAUCCUUCGGCGGCGGCCCCGGCGAGUGCGCACUGUCACUGGCGCUGGUCCGGCGGCUCCUGUGCGCCGGCCCUGGCCCGCGGCUGCACGUGGACAUCCUGGACCUCGAGGAGGGCUGGGCGGGCUGCGUCCGCUCGCUGGCCUCCGAGCUGCGCGGCCUGGGGCUGCUGGGUGCGGAGGAUCAGAGGUGGCCUUCGGGAGCGCGGACGUGGCGCGACCCCUGGACAGCGUGGCCAACGCAGGGUUGCUGGAGAGUGCGGGACGCUGGGACCUCCUCGUCUUCUCGUACGUGCUGGUCGAGAACAUGCAGGCCGUCCGCGCGGGGGGCUUCGCCUUCCUGCGGGACCUCCUCGCGGUCGCGCCCGAGGGGGCCGUGUGCGUCGUCCGAGGACUCGUCCACCCAGCCCUACGCGGAGCUCGAGGAGGUGGCCAGGGAGUACGGCAUGGUGUCCUGGCCGCUGGCGCGGGUGCAAAGUGGUCAGGGCGCUCUGCCGCGGAAUUGCCUCGUCAUGGCGCGGGAGGCUGCGCGA